ACCGCGCGAGUUACCGACAAGGAGACUCUGCCAUCUGUCGACAUAACCUCAAACUCACUACAGCUUGACACGAUUUCCGAGCAAUCUUCAAAGGACAAUUUCGAAAUUUGAUCGUUGAUUGAUUUGCUUAAAAUAAAUAAUUACCAUACAAUCCACUGUUUUUAAUUUAGGUGUUACUGAAGAAUACGGGCUAUCUCACCGAUUUGGUUGAAAUUUUGCUGUAUUGUAUAUUUUUGCGCGUAGAACACAAAUACACGUAAUAUGCAUGGGAUGUUAAAAUCAAUGGAUUUCAAAUUAUACGUAUCUUCAUUGAGAAAAGAUGAAAAGAGAUCCUUAAAAUGGAUGAACAGCUGUGGAAGUACAAACUGUGGUUACACUUGAAGAAGCAUCAGAUAAGAUUAUGUGGCGUAAAGUGGCAGAGUAUUUUGUUAAAAAUGUACAGUACGUGAGUAAUGUGUGAAGAUAGCAGGAGUGUUAUAAGAUUGACUGAUGACAGCUGCCUUUCGUUAUAAAUAAUUGAACAUGCAAUCAGAUAUAUUAAAAAUUCUAUUAAACUUGCUAUUAUAACGUAUUUAACGAGAACAGAUAUAGAACAGAUAUAUAACAUUAUGCAUUGGAUCACGAUCUCAUGUAUUUUAUGCAUGUUUGGAUGCUUUAAAGACUUUCGGCCUUCUGAAUCGUUUUUGACCGAUUAUUUAACUGGGCCAUGGAAAAAUUUUACAGCCAGUGAAGUAAACCAUGAGAUUUAUCCUGUGACUACUUAUAGUUACUUAUCAACGUUAAUACUUAUGUUCCUGAUCACAGAUUUUAUUAGAUAUAAACCCAUAAUAAUACUUUGUGGUCUCUCUGGAACUAUAACUUUUCUUCUGAUAAUACUCGGGAAGAUUGUCGUAGUUAUACAGAUUGCUAAAUUUUUUUUUGGCCUAUUGAUGUCUGCAGAAGUGGCUUAUUAUACUUAUAUAUAUGCUAAAGUAGAUAAAAAACACUAUCAAGAGGUCACAAGUCACACUAAAGCAGCCUCUUUAUUUGGGCGCAGCAUGUCUGGCAUCGUAGCUCAGUUAACAGCUUCUUUCGAUCUGCUAAACUAUCAUCAACUUAAUUAUUUAACUCUUUCGUCUCUUAUCAUUGCAACAAUUUGGUCAAUCUUCCUGCCUUCUGUGGGUCAGUCCAUCUAUUUCCAUCGUGUUUCCAAUGAUAAAGAAAAGAAUUUAGUUACUAUACAAUCGAUUGAUCAAUUACAGCCGAAUGAUUCACAGAAAUUAUGCGAUAAAAGUAGCAAAACGGAGCCAGGCACAUUGCUUUAUCAGAUCAAGAGCGCAUAUGCGCUGCUGUGGAAACACUUUGUGCUAGCUUACACAAAUUAUCGAGUGAUUAAAUGGUCGGUCUGGUGGGCUUUGUCUACUAGUGGUUAUCUCAUGGUUGCUACUUAUUCACAAUUAUUGUGGCAAACUGCAGUGAAGCCAGGUGAUAGAAUUUACAAUGGCGCUGUGGAUUUUGCAUACGCAAUCAUAGGUUCAAUAAGCGUAUUUUCUGUAGGAAAGAUACAAUUAAACUGGGUUCUAUUAGGAGACAUAAUAUGUUGCGUAUUCGCGUUGUUAGAAGGCUCUAUAUUAUUGGCAUCCUCUUACAGUUACAACAUUUGGUUUUUAUACGCCGGCUAUAUCAUAUUUGGUAUAAUUUAUCACACCAUGGUCACUGUUGCGAGCUUUGAGGUUGCUAAAUGUAUAUCCGAGGAUAGUCACGGCUUAAUAUUCGGCGUGAACAUAUUUUUCGCAUUAUUAAUGCAAAGCCUACUGACGUUUGUAGUUAUCAAUACGAUCAUGCUGGAUAUCAGACAACAGUUCUACGUCUAUGGCGGCUAUUUUAUGAUCUUGGCUGUGACGUACUUUAUACUAAGUAUAAUCAACAUCCUGCGAUAUCGUGGAAACGUGAUUCAACCGCAAACAACUUAAAGAUAGAUAUUUAUAUAACAUUAUAUCAGCAAAAUGGACUGCAAAUGGACAGACGGACCAAAUAAACUUUUAUAAAUUCAAAGAAAUUUGCUGUUUGCGAGUUCUUUAUAUCUCAAAUCUGAAUCAUAGUACAAAUCAAUUAUGUACGAAAAAGCUGUUCAGAAGUAAUAGUUACUGUUGAAUCAAAUCAAUUUUUUAUUUUCUUAUAGCAAAUUUUGUUGAAUUAAUAAUAAAGUUUUGGAAAAAAUUGUAUCUGUUAGAUUAUAUUUAGUAAAGAUACAUUAAUUAAUAUGAAAAGAUAUUUUUUAUAAUUUUUCUAAACUACUAAUUAAUAUAAGUGAUAGAUAUAUUAUAACAACACAAUCUUGUUGCGCAUUAGUUAUUUAUCUUUGGAUUAAAAAAUGUGUAUAUUAAUUACAUAUUAUUAUGAAGGAAACGUAAAGAAAGAAAAACCAAGGAAAUGAUCCAUGUAAUCUUAAAGAAUGUUAUGCAAUUAUCUCUCUAUUAAUAUUAUUCUAUAUUUUAUUAUUUGUAUAUAGCUAUACAGAAAAAUCACGCUUACAAUUGUAAAAUCGCUUAACGCUCAAGCUCGAUUGCGAGUCGGACUUUCUUCAAUAGCGCGAUUAUAAACGUGCUAUUCUCGAUCGCGUUACUACUGCUAAAAACUUCUUCCGAUACAUAACAAGUUUCAAACGAUUUCUCAAUUAUAUCACAGAAAUACAGACUUUAAAUUCGAGUGACAAUUUGAAGACAUACAAUUACAAAACCGUGUUCGUAAUGGGUGAUCGAAAAAUUCGUAGAAAUUAUGUAAAAACCUGUGCGUAAACGCUGAUUAGAAACGAGUUUUUUUAAUCACCUCUGACUGAUGUCUCAGAGAGAGAAAAAAAAUCGACGGUUUACGUUCCUCCAAGCGAUACACACGCAUAUCCUGUCAUUUAUUACAAUUUUAUAUACAGUUUUCGUAAUUGUUGUUUAUAACACUUAAAACUAUUAUAAGAGUUAAUAUAGUGUUAUUAUAAAAUGAUUAUAGUUAUUUAUAUUCAUAUAUCGUCGAUCUAAAAAGUGUAUAACAAGAUCUACAGCAUUUACGAUAAUCAAUAUUAAAAA